UGGCUGAGGACCCACUCAGGGCAGCAGAUGUUCGGGCCACGCUGCUGCCUUCGGGUGCAGUUGGAUAUACGAAAGCUGGACGUUCUGAAAGCACCCCAGCGCCCCAAAGCGCCGAAGAUAAUUCGCCGAGGGCUGAACUCUCAGGAGAAUUUAGCUUUUCAUUAAUAUUCCUAUUUACCACGUUACCCUUGAAGUUAGUCACAUGCUGUACUCACAUACACUUGUAAAAGUGUUUUUUGUUAUUAGUUGUAAUUUUAACUUCAAAACGUACAAUUCAGUCUUUACGGGGUGUGUUGGAAUGCAUCAUAAUAAACUCUGACAAUACUCUCUCAGCCGGUCGCGAGGCAAUCACAGUACAGCAUGCGAAGGAUGGCGGAGGAGAUACAACCUGGCAAGGAGCAGAGCUCCUGGAUACUAAGCUGGCUUCCCUCUUGGUGCCCCACUUCUCCUUCUCGGCUGAAAGAUGCAGAGGAAAAAAUGCUCAAGAUUGUGAAGCGGCCUUUCUCCAGGCAGCACGUCCGGAUAUCCAACAACAACUACUUGUGGACCAUAGCGUUUUCCACUCAGCCACAGCCAUGCUCCCCAUCUCGUCCCCAGCCCCCUGCUCAACCCAGGCCUUCUCUGGUUCUCCUGCAUGGCUUUGGGGGUGGAGUUGGCCUUUGGGCCCAAAACCUGGACUCUCUCUCCAGCAGCGGACCGGUCUAUGCUCUAGACCUGCUGGGCUUCGGCAGGAGCAGUCAUCCCCAGUUCAGCACCGACCCGGAGGGGGCUGAGGAGCAGUUUUUGGCAGCCCUAGAGGAGUGGAGGGAGAAGGUGGGACUGGAGGAAAUGGUGCUGCUGGGACAUAACCUCGGAGGAUACCUGUCUACUGCCUACACUCUCAAACACCCACACAGGGUAAAACAUCUGCUGCUGGUGGAGCCGUGGGGGUUUCCAGCACGUCCUGAGAACCCCAACCACAACUCCAUCCCAGUGUGGAUCAGAGCCAUGGGGGCAGUCAUGAGCCCCUUCAACCCUCUGGCUGGACUCAGACUGGCUGGGCCUCUAGGUCCAAUGCUGGUCCAGACCAUCAGGUCUGAUUUCAAGCAGAAAUACUCCUCUGUGUUCAAUGACAACACCGUGUCUGACUACAUCUACCAUCUGAACGCCCAGACUCCAAGUGGAGAAACAGCCUUUAAAAACAUGACCAUUCCCUAUGGCUGGGCUAAGAGGCCUAUGUUGGAGAGGAUUGGGCAAGUCCAAGCUGACAUUCCCAUUUCCUUCAUCUACGGAUCACGCUCCAGCAUAGACUGCGACUCCGGAUAUGACUUCAAGAAAACCAGACCAGAUGUGGUAAUCAAAGUGAUCAGAGGAGCAGGCCAUUAUGUUUUCGCCGACCAGCCAGAUGACUUCAACCAGACGGUCCUUCAGAUCCUUGCCAGAGCAGAAUAAGAAAAGUGGGGAUGCGAAGCAAUGACAGUCGCUUCAUUCGGACACGCAGGAGAACACGGGGAUUAACUGACACAAAUCCAUUACAGAACCAGAACAGUUCAACUGUAAGCCUCUUUAUCAUGCACUUUACUCUUAAGAGAGACCCAUCACCGACUGAAGACACUUUACACAUCAUUCCACACUCAGGCACUCUCAAAGGCUUGAGAUCAAAGGUCAGAUGAUGCCACAGGGUACUUUAUCCAGCCUCAUGUAAAUAACUUUCGUAAAUAAAUGUGAGAUGCAGUC